UGGAAUUAAGUGUCCAUUGCUAGCUGGAACAGAAUUUAGUGCAAAGGUAACCGUACCAGUACCGGAUGUAGAUGAUACAAGCAUGGCAGUUGCUAUUAUAGAUGUGCCCCAAAACGUAUUUAUAGCCUGUGCAUGGAGUGGCCCUUCCUCACCCUUAUCA